AUACAAAAAGCUAUGUAAUGUGAAAACGUCAAUCAAGAGAUUUAAGCAAAUCUUCCUGUAGACUGUCUUUUAGCGUUUGUUUGUUCUAUUGCGCAAUUUUGACAUUCGAUGAUGCGUUGAAGAUACGCUAAGAACUCCGUCUUGCAUUUGCAAAGACCGUUGAACAAUAGGAAUUUCAGCAAGUGAUCUUCUUGGCACUCUGAAAUUGUACAUAAAUCUAGCCGACACUUCCUAAUCUUCCCCAGUUCUUCUCCCACCAUUGUCAUUCUUUUAUCUUUCAUCUCUCCUCCCUCUUCAUCCAAAAUGUCUUCACCUGCUCCGCCUCUUAGCCAAGGCGCUGGAUAUGGUGUUAUUAUCGGGCUCGGAGCAUUUUUUGCUAUCGUCGUCGUAGGUCUAUCACAAUCUUUACGAAAGUUUGGUGGAUUGGCACAAUCCUCAAGUGAAUAUUCCGUUGCAUCUCGAUCUUUGGGUGUCGGUUUAACAGCAGCCGGUGCGGUCAGUGCAUGGUGUUGGUCAGUAACCCUACUAUCUUCCGUCACAACUGCUUAUCAACAAGGUUUAGCAGGUGCUUUGGUUUAUGGAGGUGGUAAUAUGAGUCAAGUUGCUUUGUUCAGCUUGUUUGCCGUUCAAUUGAAACGUAGAGCUCCGCAUUUGCAUACGCACUUGGAGUUGCUAAAAAUCAGAUAUGGUACUUUAGGUCAUUUGACAUUCUUGUUCUUCGCUUUGGCUACGAAUAUCUUGGUCGUCAGUUCCAUUUUAGUUGGCUCGGCAGCUUCAAUCAAUAGUAUCACGGGAGUAAACGUUUAUGCAUCCCUAUUCUUAUUGCCAGUCGCUGUUGCUGCUUAUACCCUACAAGGCGGUCUUCGUUCAACAAUCUUGGCAGAUUAUCUUCACACGUUGGUCAUCUUUAUUAUUCUUUUUGUCUUCUUCUUUGUUACUUAUGCAACAGGGAAGGAGAUCGGCUCACCAUCAAGAAUGUAUGACCUAUUAACAUUGGCAGCAGAGCGCAAUCCAUCCUCAAAUUAUGCCGGAAGUUGGGUCACGGUCAAGAGUUUAGGAUCAAUCAAAUUCGGUUGGCUUUCGUUUUUGGAAUACACUGCAACUUUCAUCAACGAUGCUUCUGCACAUCAAAAAGGUAUUGCUGCAAAUCCAUCAGCAGCAGUACCAGGCUAUAUUAUCGGAUCGCUUUCUUGGUUUUCAAUCCCAUGGACUUUGGCCACAACGGCAGGUUUGGUAGCUUUGGCAUUAGAGCAAACUUCACCACAUUUUCCUACAUAUCCAAACCGAAUGAGCGAAACAGAAGUUUCGGCAGGUUUAGCAUUACCUUAUGCAGCACAAGCACUUUUAGGUAAAGGUGGUAGCGCAGGUGUUUUAUUGCUCAUGUUUAUGAGUUCAACAAGUGCAAUUUCCGCUCAAUUGAUUGCCGUUUCGAGUAUUUCGGGAUAUGAUCUUUAUUCUUCUUAUAUCAACACAAAAGCAACACCAAAUCAAAUUUUACGUGUUCAACAAUGGGCUGUUGUUGGAUUUGCUUUGUUCAUGGCAGCUUUUGCAAGUUUAUUGCAUGGCGUAAAUGUCGAUUUGGGUUUCUUGUAUAAUAUCGUCGGGGUUGCGAGUACCGGAAGUCUUCCUGCUUUAACAUUCAGCUUCUUUGGUGAUCGUUUGCCUACAUGGGCAGUAUUCCCUGGUAUUUGGGUUGGAUUUGGGGCUGGUUUGGCUGUUUGGUUCUCCCUUGCCAAGAGGUUGGUGGGAGAGAUUUCAUUGACCGCACUCAAGGAUACAGAAGUGGAUCUCUACGUUUAUACAACUUGCAUAGGUACUGGUAUCUUGUUAUGCACAAUCGGUAGCCUGUUCACCCCACAAUACUUCGAUUGGUCAUCUUUACGCAACCAUCAUCGUGGUGAUACAACAGAAGAAAAAGAAGUAGCUGCGAUCGAGAACGAUGAACGAUUCCAAGACAAAUACUUGAAAAAGUGGUUGAUUAUCGCCGGUGUUUUAACAACGAUCAUUUUUGUGGUAUUUAUGUUGAUCUGGCCAUUGUCACUUUAUCGUGAUUACGUUUUCACAAAAUCUUUCUUUACUGGUUGGAUCGUCGUUUCGGGUAUCUGGUCGUUCUUGGCAUUCUUUGCUGUUGGUAUCUAUCCUCUGGUUGAAGGAUUUCCAGCGAUACGUUUGGUGUUCAAGGGUAUUCUUGCAUAUUUGCAAGGUCAACGUGGAACGCCCGAUCAGGAUGCAGUCCUACAACACGAUCAUCAAGUUCAAGAAAAAGUAUCACACAUUGAGAACAAUAAGCCUGCUUCAGACGGUAGCGAGUCACCAACGGACACACCCAACAGCGAGAAUGGCUCUUCCAAAAAGAUCACCGCUGCUUGAAAAGUGAAAGUUACUCUACUUAAGCCUUAUAGACUAUUGGGAUUACGUGUAGAUAUUAUGUGAGAUAUAAGCCAUUGCUGAAUGAUGU